AGGCCGCGGUGACGUCGGCGGGCGCUGCAUUAAGGCGAGGGGGCUUCCAGAGCUCAGCCAACAGCCAGGAGCAGUGACCGAGCCGCCGGAGCUGGGGAGAGACGCGCCAGGGCGGCGGACUGGGCCAGGAGACCAGGGACAGAGGGACGCUUGUCCGGGGACAGCCAGCAACGAACUGCGGCCUGGGCGGCGACAGCAGCGGCCCUUGCUGAGCUGUUCCAGCCUCGCAGAACUGUAGCUGCUGCACCAGGACGUUUUCUUUUUUUUAAAGCUCUCCAAGCUACUCCCCCUCCCCCUGACUCCUCCCGCUGCAAAAGAAAAAAAAAGGAAGGAAAGGCUAGAAAGGAAACCCAGAUUUGCCACCACAACGAAAAAAGGGGAAAAGGAAAAGAAAGUCGCGCGACUGUGGGGUUGGACGCAGGCAGCCCGAGCGCGGGCCGAGCGAUGCGGGGCUGCGCGCCCAGGCGGCCGCGAGUUCUGACUGGAGCCACGAUGCACGGCCAGGCGCGGUGAGGAGCCAGACCGUAUCACCUCCCCGAAGGAGUCCAGGAGCAGGGAGGGCCGUCCCGAAAACACGGAGGCCGCCAGGCAGGCCACGGGCCGAGGUGACGGGGCUGGGGCGGUGGGGAGUGAGCCAGCGCACCUGGCUGCGUCCGCCUGGAGUUGUCCCUCUGCAAUCUCGACUGACACAAACACUUCUCCAAACGGGGGGGAACCUAAGCCGCAACAACCAUCAACAACGAGAUCUUCCUCCUGCCUUGCCCUCCCUCCCAACCCCCUCCCUUGGCCUGCCCCCGCCCCCUCCCCCAGGCCCACCGCGGGCGCCCGGCGCGUUCGGACCCGCUGCGCGAUGCCGGCAGUUUAGGAUCCAAAGCUUCUCUACUCGUUUUGUUCUUUUCUUUUAUAAAAAGAGGAGGGGAAAUCCCGGUGGCAGGCAGCCCGGCACACACACACCCGCCCUCAUACUCCGACAAAAGCAGAUGCACUUUGACUUCUGACAGCUCUACCUCAAGCCCAAGAGAACUCCACGGCGCUCUCCCUGCGACCCGAGCUCGCUGCGUCGUCCUUUUCCUUCUCCGUCUCCGUUUUAUUUAUUUCUGUUCCCGUCGCCGUUCUCGGUGACCUUCACUCCUCCGCGGGCUCUGGGCAGAAGAGUGGCUUUCUCGCCGGCCCGAGACUCUUCCUCCCCCCGGGAGCUUCGGCGGGGCUGCGGUGCCCCGGGGCCCUGGGACUCCCAGGCUGCACACUCCACCGAGGUGCCCUCCGCCCCGCAUCAGCCUCAUUUUCACCCCCUUCUGAUUUCCUGGUGCGGGUUUUGGCCCGCACCCCCAGUGUGUCUCCUCUUUUUUGGAGGGGCUGGGGAGGUCUUGCUAUCGUCUUUGGGAGCCAUCCCCUAGGCUCUCCCUUCUCUUCUCUCUCCCGGCCUCACCCGACCAAAACCAAAGACCAUGGUGCACUGUGCCGGCUGCAAAAGGCCCAUCCUGGACCGCUUCCUCUUGAAUGUGCUGGACAGGGCCUGGCAUGUCAAGUGCGUCCAGUGCUGUGAAUGUAAAUGCAACCUGACCGAGAAGUGCUUCUCCCGGGAAGGCAAGCUCUACUGCAAGAACGACUUUUUCCGAUGUUUCGGUACCAAAUGCGCCGGCUGCGCGCAGGGCAUCUCCCCUAGCGACCUGGUGCGGCGAGCGCGGAGCAAAGUGUUUCACCUAAACUGCUUCACCUGCAUGAUGUGUAACAAGCAGCUGUCCACUGGUGAGGAGCUCUAUAUCAUCGACGAGAACAAGUUUGUCUGCAAAGAGGAUUACCUAAGCAAUAGCAGUGUCGCCAAAGAGAACAGCCUCCACUCGGCCACCACGGGCAGCGACCCCAGUUUGUCUCCAGACUCCCAAGACCCAUCACAGGAUGAUGCCAAGGACUCGGAGAGCGCCAACGUAUCUGACAAGGAAGGGGGCAGCAAUGAGAAUGAUGACCAGAACCUGGGCGCCAAGCGGCGGGGGCCCCGCACCACCAUCAAGGCGAAGCAGCUGGAAACUCUGAAGGCAGCCUUUGCUGCCACUCCCAAGCCCACGCGCCAUAUCCGGGAGCAGCUGGCUCAGGAGACUGGCCUCAACAUGCGUGUCAUCCAGGUCUGGUUCCAGAACAGACGCUCCAAGGAACGGAGAAUGAAGCAGCUGAGCGCGUUGGGAGCCCGGCGCCACGCCUUCUUCCGCAGUCCGCGCCGGAUGCGGCCGCUCGUGGACCGCCUGGAGCCGGGCGAGCUCAUCCCCAACGGACCCUUCUCCUUCUACGGAGAUUACCAGAGCGAGUACUACGGGCCCGGGGGCAACUAUGACUUCUUCCCGCAAGGCCCCCCGUCCUCGCAGGCUCAGACGCCGGUGGACCUGCCCUUCGUGCCGUCGUCCGGGCCCUCCGGGACGCCCCUGGGCGGCCUGGAGCACCCGCUGCCGGGCCACCACCCGUCGAGCGAGGCGCAGCGGUUCACUGACAUCCUGGCGCACCCCCCCGGGGACUCGCCCAGCCCUGAGCCCAGCCUGCCCGGGCCUCUACACUCAAUGUCGGCUGAGGUCUUCGGGCCCAGCCCGCCCUUCUCAUCACUGUCGGUCAACGGCGGGGCGAGCUACGGGAACCACCUGUCUCACCCGCCCGAAAUGAACGAGGCGGCCGUGUGGUAGCGGGGUCUCGCACGGUCCGCGGAGUUCGUGGUUGUACAGAAAUGAACCUUUAUUUAAGAAAAAUAGAAAAAAGAAGAAAAAAAAAACAUAAAAGCAAGUCACCCCCCCCCACCCCCCAUACACACACACUUCCUUCAGCCUCGGGGACCAUUUUCCGUCUGGCGAGUCCAGACGGGAAAGGGGGACAAGAAACAGAAUCCAAAUCCUCCUGGAAGUAGAACUGGGAUCCGUGCCCUGACUGGCAAGGUGCAGAACUGGGGCUCCGGAAGAGAUAUUCAGACGUCUCCCCAUCUUCCACCUGGACCCGGAUCCAGGGGCAAGACUCUUCGAGCCUGCGCACCUGGCCAGAGGGCUGCAGAGAAACAGUCACGGAGGCGGCGGGGGCGCACAGCCAGUGGUGACGCCGGGAGCCGCGGGGAGGGAGGCCGAGAGGCGCAGCCGGGUGAGGGAGGUGGAGCAGCCCGGGCGCUCCCGGGCCAGCCAGGAGGGUUCUGGCUCUGGGAAAUUCACUAGUGUUGUCUCAGAGUUCAGCAACAGCGACAACAAACUCUUAUAGCUUCAGAAACGCCGACCUGCUGUGCAUCAGGUGGGACUAUAUAUAUAUAUAUUUUUUGUCUAUCUGGGUUUUUGGUUUUUGUUUUUGCGAAAAUUGCAAAAUUCUAAAUGUAAAGCCCUCAGUAUCAACUCUUCUACCUUCACAAAGCUCUACACACACACACACACACACACACACACACACACACAGAUACACACAGACACCCUCGAUAAGGAUGGUCUCUAGCCAGACCUCUCAGUAAAAUGACUUGAACAUCAACUGUACAAGAAAGUAUUCUACCUUCACACAUACAAAAAAAAAAAAAAAAGUAAAAAAAAAAAGACUAUUGAACUAAAAACAGUCAACUGUUUACGUAUAAUGUUAAAUUCAGGAGUUCAGUGUUUUAUUAAUAUAUCCUGUUUUGAAACCUCUUGUUCAAAAACAAAAUGUUUUGAGCAAUCAACCAAAAUUGUUCAUUUUCUUUUCCUGUAGAUGUUCUGACAGAUUUGCAGGGCUCGCAGCUCACUGUGCUAGUAUGUAAAAAGGUGUUGUUUACACAAGGCAAAGAGAAAACAUGAUAUUCAGACACUUGCCAAAUAGAAUAAUUAUAGCACAAAUACUGUAAAGGUGCCUGGCACCACAACCUGAGAAAGUGUUAAAAAAAAAAAAAGAAAAAAAGUGUUACAAGGUUUAAAAAAAAAAAACAUCUUUGCUAAUUUUUAGUCCUGUUGAACAUUCAUGGAAUUGUUAAUAUGACUUAUAUAGACCCACACAGGUUUUAUUUUUGUGUCUUUAAAAUAAAAGUCCAAAAUAUUUAAAUUUUAUGGUCAAAUAUGCAGUCAACAGCUGCUACUUUUUUCUUUAUAUAUUAAAUUUCUCAUAUGUCUUUUAUUGUUCUGAUAAACCUAAGCUUGUGUGACCUCCAGUGCAUAUUAGACCAUUCACUGUAUGAAAGAAAACAUGUUGAAUAAAUUUGUGAGUUUUUAAUAAAAAUAGAAAAUCUGA